AAAAAUUGAAGUUCAAGGAUUUUUUUAGUACUUUUUGAAGUUCAAAGGUAAUUUUAGUUCAAAAAUGAAAGUUGAGGGACUAAAUCGGGGUUUUAACCAUUUGCAGGAGACACAAAAAGAGGACAGCCAUUCUGGAGAUGAGGAAGCGAAAGACAAAAAGAACAUAAAUGAACAAACGAUGGGGAAGAACCCAAAAGGUGAAAGACAAAGAAGGUGGCGUGAGAUAGAGCAAUGCUACUAUUCGGACAACAGUGCUAUAAGAUGGGUGACAAGAAAGAAAAGGGGCAACAGAAGGAAGAAUCAAAAAAGAAGAGAAGAAAGCAACAACCAGAUAAUUGUGGGCAUCUCUCUUUCGGACAGCCAUAUUGAACAGCGAAAUCAAACCAUAUUAAGAGAGCAGAAUAAGGAGGAGGUGGAGAAACUAAUGGAAUUGGGCAGAAGGCUAGGGGUUCAAACCCAAGGCAAUGAUAUAGAGAUCAAAGAGAUUGAAGAGGCAAAGGAGAAGAUGUUAGUGGUGGAUCUUAAAGGAGAGGAAAUGGAUUUAGAGCAGGGGGAUAUUCAGUUAAGGAAGGAAGGAGUGAGCGAAUUAUGGGACGGAUUGAGGAAGAAAGAAAGCCUUUGGAGACAAAAAUCCAGAGCUCUAUGGAUAAGGUCAGGGGAUGCAAAUACUAGGUUCUUUCAUAGAUUUGCAAGUUGUAGAAGGUCAAGAAAUGCUAUGCAUGGCUUAUGGAAGGAUGAUUCAUGGGUGAAGGAUCCUACACAAGUGAAAAAUAUUGUUUCAAACCACUUCAAGAAGCAAUUUUCAGAAGUUAAAUGGAAGAGACCACUACUAGAAGUUGUUGACUUCAAGAGAAUUUCUAAAGAAGAUAAUUUAAGAUUGGAAGCUAAAUUCUUAAUAGACGAGGUGAGAAAAGCAGUGGUAGAUUGCAAUAGUGAUAAGGUUCUGAGACCCAAUGGAUUCAACUUCAAGUUUAUUAACUUUGCAUGGCAUAUGUUGGAGGAAGAUAUAAUGCAAUUUGUGAAGGACUUCCACACAAAUAGAGGAUUGGUAAGGGGACUAAACUCAAGCUUCAUUGUGUUGAUUCCGAAAACGGAAAACCCGAUAGAUUUAAAAGACUUUAGGCCUAUUAGCCUCAUUGGAAGUUUGUACAAAAUUAUGGCAAAACUUCUUGCUAAUAGGUUAAAAGGGGUUAUGGACAAUAUCAUUAGUGAGAACCAAUCAGCAUUUGUGGGAAAAAGGCGGAUAGUGGAUGGAAUCUUGGUGCUUAAUGAAAUUGUGGAUGAAAUUAAAAGGAGGAAGUCAGACAGCUUUAUUUUGAAAGUGGAUUUUGAGAAAGCUUAUGAUUGUGUAAAUUGGAAUUUUUUGAACUACAUGAUGGAGAAGUUUGGAUUUGGGGAGAAAUGGAGGGAUGGAUUGUAGAAUGUCUAUCUUCAGCACAUGUUUCUGUUUUGGUAAACGGAAGCCCAACAGAGGAGUUUAGGAUGGAAAAGGGUCUAAGAUAAGGGGAUCCUCUAUCACCAUUCUUAUUUCUCUUAGUUGCUCAAGGCCUGCAUUGUAUGAUUCAAAAGGCAGUGGUUGAAGGCUUAUUCGAAGGUGGUAAUGUGGGCUCAAGAAACCUUUAGAUCUCAC